UGAUUAAAAGAAAAUUGUGAAAUGUUUAUCGGAUUAUUUGCACCAUUAUCAUCAUCAUGUCUUUGCCAACAGAAACAUCUACAGCCAUUGAUGGUUGUAAGAUCAGCGAAUACAUUGAUGAACAACAGCAAUUCGAAACUGUAAACAAAAAUGAUAACGAAAAGAAAUCUGUGAUAGAAACCGUAAACACUUCCAUUCAUGAAACCUCAUUGCCGGAUAAUAAUGAAUCUAUAUGUACGGAAACUGUGGCUUCCAUCAAUCCAGCAUCGACAUCAGAUACAAAUGAUCUAGAAACUUCAUUAGCCAAUUAUUGUACGGUGGCUGAUACAGCAUCACCAAAAACAGCCUCAUCAUCAGAAAUUUCAUCCAACAAUAAUAACAAUAAUCAUCGUAACGAUUCCAAUGAUUCGAAUUCUAUUUCGACACAGGAAUCGAAUAUUGAAUCAUCCGAUCCUAAUGAAGAGCAAUCGAAACCAGAGUUAUUGAUAAAUAAUAGUGGACUAGAUCAAGAUUCGAUUUCAACAACCAGAACAAAUUCUGCUAUUAACCUGAGUUCGCAAGAAUAUCAUCUAAAAUGGAUUAAAUGGAAUGGAGGAAAUGGUGGUUCUAAUGGUAGUAAUAAUAAUGGUAAUGGCCAAACUCAACAGCAAUCCCAAAAAGUGCCAAUCGUAACACAAAAUUCUAAUGGUUCAUGUCCACUACUGGCCAUAAUUAAUGUAUUGUUAUUGCGCAAGAAUAUAACAUUUCCCCCAAUCAUUGAAAUUGUCACAGCAUCCCAAUUAAUGGAUUAUCUUUGUGAUUGUAUACUAACUUAUGUUCCUAAGAAUCUAUCCGAACAAGUUAAAUUGAAUUAUGAACAAAAUCUUCAAGAUGCUAUGUCGAUAAUGCCACGAUUACAAACUGGUUUAGAUGUGAAUGUUAAAUUUACCGGAAUAAUGGAUUUCGAAUACACACCCGAAUGUAUAAUAUUUGAUUUGUUACGCAUACCAUUAUAUCAUGGCUGGCUAGUCGACCCUCAACAUCGCGAAAUAUGUCGUAUAAUCAAUAACCAAUCCUAUAAUCAACUAGUUGAUAGAAUAAUUGGUUCAAAAGCAACAAAUUCAAAUAAUAAUGAAAUGUUUUUGGCUGAAGAAUUUCUCAAUCAAAGCGCAUCACAAUUGACUAAUUAUGGUCUUUCUCAGCUGAUAAGACAUAUAAACGAUGAAGAAAUAUCUAUUUUAUUUCGCAAUAAUCAUUUUAUUACCAUGUAUAAACAUAAGGGUAAACUAUAUCAAUUGGUAACCGAUCAAGGAUUUCUGACUGAGCCAAAUGUUGUUUGGGAAUCAUUAAAUAGCAUCGAAGGUGAUGAUUAUUUUGUUGAUGCUGAUUUCCAGUUAGUUCCACCCAAACCAUUGACAUUAUUGCCAUUGUCAUCUUCAUCAACAUUGACAACACAGUUGCCAAAUCUCAAUACACAGCAACAAAUUGAUCAAGACUAUCUGAUUGCCUUGAGCUUGGAACAGGAGCAAACUUUCGACUUGGAUCAGCAACAACAGGACCGAAUCAUGAAAUCACGAGCUUGUACAGAUAAUUGUAAUAAUACCCCAAAUAAAACAACGAUUAUUGAUGGUAAUCAAAAAAUAUUCAUGAGCGAUGAAGAAUUGGCUAGAAAAUUACAAGCAGAAGAAGAUCAAUACUAUGAACAGCAAUCAAGUCAACAACGUAAACAAUCACCAGCGAUUAAUAAUAGUAAAACCUAUGCAUCUGUCGUAUCAUCAUCUCAACAACAAAAAACAACGAAGACUGCAAAAAAUCUUUCUAAUCAUUAUCAAAUUCCUAGUACUGGCAAUAUAACGUCAUCUUGUCAAACGAACUCCAUAACUACUUCAUCAUCACACAAUCCACAUUGCCAUCAACAGUCUCAAACGACAAAAUUAUCAUCAACAAUAACAUCAUCCGGAACUUAUCAGCAACAUCCACGAACCUCAACAUCAUUGUCUUCGUCGACUUCCAGCUAUCAUCAUCAACAUAAACAACACGGGCAUGCACAUCCCUCCACAAAUCAUCAACGUUCAGCAUCUUUAGAACAGAGUGUGUCCACGCCAGUCACGCCUACAACGACAACCGGAAUCAUACCUGAUGAUCGCCAAAGUGUAUCAUCAAAACGUUCGCAGAAUAAAAAUUGCACGAUAUCUUAGUCACCAAUCAUCGCUUACAUGAGCCAAUAUUUUAAUAGAUUGUUCGCCCAAUGAGUGCCUCUCGAGUUGUGGUAUUUUUUUUGUUGCUCAUGUCACCACGUUUCAUAUUUGGCUCCAAUCUUUG